CAAAGUUUAUUGCAAAACACAAAUACAGUCCGAGGUUUCUACGAAAUCAUAGCAUCCGCACGGGCCAAACUAUGAUAAUUGCCCAAAUCAUGACUUAUGCAUGAGAUUAAUCAAUCACCAUCGCCGUCAAUGCUGCACGGACGCUCUCGGCUCACUUAGACUUUAAUCACUCACCCAAGGAGGCAAACAUGUUGAAGGAAAAAGGCCAGUUAAAAUUCGAGGACAAAUGGCCAACGAUGCGGCCAAUCGUCCUCAAGCUGCUCAAACAGGAGCCGGUUUCGCCCGGCGAGUGGCAAGAGCUGUUUUAUGAUGUGCAUCUGGUGUGUCUGUGGGAUGAAAAAGGUGCAGCCAAGCUGCGCGACAGCCUCCAGGAGGACAUAGUUCAAUUUAUCAAGGAAGCACAGGCGCGUGUGUUAGCACAUCGCGAGGAGCAGGCACUCCUGAAAGCAUACAUUGCUGAAUGGAGGAAGUUUUUCACUCAGUGCAACUAUCUGCCAACACCUUUCAGACAACUUGAGACAUCAUUACAGAUUAUGAUGUUUAAGGCAAAGCCCAGUGCAGCAACAUCUAGUACAAGCAGUAAAAAGGGUGCAAGUGAUGAGAGUAUAGUGAGGAAAUUAAUGUUAGAUUCAUGGAAUGAGAGCAUCUUUCGUGACAUUAAACACAGGUUACAGGAUAGUGCUAUGAAGUUGGUGCAUGCAGAGCGUAACGGUGAAGCAUUCGACUCGCAACUAGUAAUCGGUGUUCGAGAAUCGUACGUUAAUCUCUGCUCAAACACCGAGGACAAAAUGCAAAUUUACAGAGAUAAUUUCGAAGCGGCUUAUAUAAAAAGCACGGAAAUGUUCUAUCGGGUAAAGGCACCUGAGCACUUAGAUCACAACGGCGUUCAAUCUUAUAUGCGCUACGCAGAUUUAAAACUGCGAGAAGAAGAAGCCAGAGCACAGCGCUAUCUUGAAGCGGGCAGUAACGCAGUUAUUCAAUGUUGUGUAAAAGUGCUGGUAGGCAAUAGUCUGCCGAUUCUACUCGCUGAAUGCGCACCUUUGAUAAAAGCCGGGGAAACAGAUCGUUUGCAGUUGAUGUUCAGACUGUUGGAACGUGUCCCUGAAGGCGUGCCACCCGUAUUGCAAGAACUGGAGGAACAUAUCACCGCCGCUGGAUUGGCGGAUAUGGAAGCCGCCGCUGAAAUUAUCACACAAGACUCCGAGAAGUACGUAGAGCGUCUACUGGACUUGUUUCGUAAGUUUAGCAAUCUUGUACACGAAGCAUUCUCGGACGAUCCGAGAUUUUUAACUGCUCGAGACAAGGCGUUCAAGUCAGUUGUGAAUGAUACGAAUGUUUUUCGACUGGAACUGAACACCGGCAAGAAUCUGGGCCCAAAAUCAGUGGCGCCCGAGAGUAAAUGUCCGGAGUUGCUUGCAAAUUAUUGCGAUAUGCUGUUAAGGCGGACGCCGCUCUCGAAAAGGCUUACUUCAGAGGAGAUCGAAUCUCGGCUCAGAGACGUGCUACUAGUAUUAAAGUAUGUGUCUAAUAAGGAUGUAUUUAUGCGGUAUCACAAGGCACAUCUAACUAGAAGACUGAUUUUGGAUGCGAGUGCGGAUAGUGAAAAAGAAGAAGACAUGGUGGAAUGGUUACGGGAAGUAGGAAUGCCCGCUGAUUACGUAAAUAAGCUAGCGAGGAUGUUCCAAGAUAUCAAGGUGAGUGAGGAUUUGAACUCUGUCUUCCGAAUGUCGACUGCACGCCACGAUGCAAUAAAUAUAAAAAUUCUCAACGCUGGCGCAUGGGCGCGUGGUUCUGAGCGCGUCACUGUUAGUCUUCCGGUGGAGUUAGAAGAUUACAUACCCGAGGUGGAGGAAUUCUACAAGAAGAAACAUUCAGGAAGGAAAUUGCAAUGGUAUCAUCAUAUGAGCAAUGGAACAAUCACGUUUACGAACGAAGUUGGCAAGUUUGAUGUGGACGUGACGACGUUCCAAAUGGCUGUGCUGUUUGCGUGGAAUCAGCGGCCGCUGGAAAAGGUCAGUUAUGAAAAUCUCAGGCUUGCUACAGAACUUCCAGACGCUGAGUUACGUAGAACGCUUUGGUCGUUGGUAGCAUUUCCUAAACUGAAGCGGCAAUUGCUGCUCUUCUCGCCAACAGUGAGUGCUCCUAAAGAUUUUAGCGAGAAUACGCUGUUUUGGAUUAAUCAGGAGUUUUCACUUGUGAAGAAUGGCAAACUUCAAAAACGCGGAAAGUUUAAUCUUAUCGGAAGACUACAAUUAAGCACGGAGAGGUCGCAGAUGGAAGACAACCAAUCAAUAGUUCAACUACGAAUAUUGCGAACACAGGAAGCUAUAAUUAAAAUUCUGAAAAUGCGAAAGCGCAUAACAAAUGCAGCGCUUCAGACGGAACUGGUGGACAUUUUGAAGAACAUGUUCCUACCUACGAAAAAAAUGAUUAAGGAACAACUCGAAUGGCUUAUAGAACACAAGUAUAUGCGUCGGGACGAUGAUGACAUUAAUACUUUCAUUUAUGUGGCGUGAUUUGUUAUAGCUAAUAAAAUUUUGUUACUGA